AUGCCCGCAAAUAGGAUCAGCAGUCAAUGUCCAAGAUGCGACCCAACCUCCCCUCUGAAGGCUCCCCAAUGCUAUGUCCACCACAACCCCCGAGAGCCCCCAGGUAAGCUCCGCCCACACCCACAUAGCAGCUCCACUAACUACACCUCUGAACACGCCUCUGCCCUGCCCACACCCACCUGCUGGGCCCCAGAGUCUCCGACGUGCGGAGCGCGAUGCCGAGAUGCCACGCUCCGCCGCUCCCUGCAGCAGGAUGUGACCCUCCAGACUGAGACCGCGGACUGGGGUUCUGCAGCGCGCUGGCUCUGCCGCCGCAGCUGGGACGUGUGGACCAGCCCCGCCCCCCGCCGCCGCCCAGGGCUCUGGCCUCCCUUCUUUCUCUGCCCCGCCCCGCCCUCGACUGUCCCUCCCCUGAUCAACAUAGGCAGAGAUGAAAGGUUUUGUGAAGCCAGAGGAUCAGUCAAGACAGUGUGGCUGAAGCUUGAGACCAUACCUGGGACAAAACGACUUCAACAUGUGAUCGAGACCCCUGAGCCAGGCAAAUGGGAGUUGUCUGGGUUUGAAGCAUCCUUGCCGGUUACAGAAAAGUCGAAUUCUCUGACCCAGGAUUUAGAUAAGGCAAGUGCUGAACAAAUUGUACAGCUCCUGGGGCAGUGUGAUGCUGAGAUCUUCCAGAAGGAAGGACAAAUAGCGCCUGUCUACCAGCGGCUCUACAGUGAAUCAGUCUUAACAACUGUGGUCCAUGUGGCUGGAAAAGUUCAGGAAGUACUAAAGGAUCCUGAAGGGGGGCUUAUUGUUCUAAGUGGAGGGGGAACUUCAGGCCGGAUGGCGUUUCUUAUAUCGGUUUCCUUUAACCAACUAAUGAAAGGCUUGGGACAGAAACCUCUCUAUACCUACCUCCUUGCAGGGGGUGACAGGUCUGUGGUGGCCUCUAGGGAGGGAACUGAAGACAGUGCCUCCCAUGGGACUGAGGAACUGAAGGUUGCUGCAGGAAAGAAACGAGUGAUUGUCAUUGGCAUUUCUGUUGGACUCUCUGCUCCUUUUGUGGCUGGUCAGAUGGAUUUCUGUAUGAAUAACCCAGACAUCUUCUUGCCUAUUCUGGUAGGGUUCAAUCCAGUAAACGUGGCUAGAAAUGAUCCCAUUGAGGACUGGAAUUCCACUUUCCGUGAAAUUGCGCAACGGAUGCAGAAGCUGCAAGAGAAACAGGAAGCAUUUGUGCUCAACCCUGUAACUGGGCCUGAAGGGCUCAGUGAUUCCUCUAGAAUGAAGGGUGGAAGUGCCACCAAGAUCCUGCUGGAAACUCUGCUGCUGGCAGCACACAAGACUGUGGACAGAGGCAUUGAAGCCUCUCAGAGCUGUCUCCUGGAGAUCUUGAGAACAUUUGAACGAGCACACAAAGUCACCUGCAUCCAAAGCCCCAAGAUUGCAGCGCUGAUGAAGCAGGCAAGCACCAGUCUGCAGAAGAAUGGCCGAGUGUACCUGGUUGGUUGGCAGACUCUAGGUAUUAUUGCCAUCAUGGAUGGAGUGGAGUGCAUACACACCUUUGGUGCAGAUUUCCAAGAUGUUCCAGGCUUCCUAAUUGGUGAUCAUAGUGACAUAUUUAAUCAGAAGGAAGAAAUUGUUGCCCAGGGUCCACAGUUCUCCUUCUCCAAAGAAGAUUUCCUCACUUCUAUCCUACCAUCCCUCACUGAAAUUGACACUGUGCUCUUCAUCUUCACCCUGGAUGACAACCUCACAGAAGUGGAAACAUUGGUGGAGCAAGUGAAGAAGAAGACCCAAGCCCUGGCUCACAGCACAGUGGGGCAAUACUUACCAUCCCCACUGAAGAAGCUCUUUCUAUCCAUCAUCAGCAUCACCUGGCCCCUGCUUUUCUUUGAAUAUGAAGGGAACUUCAUCCAGAAGUUCCAACGUGAGUUGAGCACCAAGUGGGUGCUGAACACAGUGAGCACUGGGGCCCAUGUCCUUCGUGGGAAGAUCUUGCUUAACCAUAUGUUGGACCUAAGAUUGUGCAACUCCAAGCUCUUCUGGCGGGGCUUGGCCAUGCUGCAGCGGUUUUCAGGACAGCCCAAGGCUCAGUGCAUUGAGAGCCUACUCAAGGCCAUCCAUUUCCCUCAAGAAGUGUCAGAGGAGAUCCAGGCAGCACCUAUUUCCCACCACAUUCAGAUUGCAAAUGAGAAGGAACAGGUGAUCCCCAUCGCACUACUGACCCUCCUCUUUGGAUAUUCCAUCCCUGAGGCUGAGGCCCAGCUUGCUGCUGCCCCCUCCGUCUGUGGGGCCAUCAGGAAUGCUCUUCUCCGGGUUGGUCGGAAGCGCAGUGCUGACUCAAUUGAUACGCUCAAGUCUACCGUUGGCUAGUUCAGCAGAUGAGAAGGGAACCUAGUUUAUGAAGUGGGGGAAUAUCACACAAGGAGUGGAAAAGAGAGCAAAAUACCUUAAAGUUUGGAGUGACAGAGCCCCUGGAGGGAGGUACUUCUAGGUGUGUCCCACCUCAUAUUUGGGAGAAAUGUCUCUUCUGUUACUCCCCUUGGUUCCCUUCUCUGGAAAAUGUGGCAGUUGGGCUGGAAUCUGGCUCAAUCAUCUAGCUGCUAGGUGAUCUUUGCUUUUUAUGCUCUAGCUCUCCAAUUCUGUGACGUUGUGACCAGGAAAUUCCUGACCACUUAAUAUGUGUGCCUGAUCUUUGCAGUCCAUUCUUAUUUCAGAAAUGAAACUUCUGCUUUUUGUCUCAUCAACUUCUCUCUGAGAAUCCAGAUGGGGAGAAUUGGAGGUAGGGAGGAGGGGUAGCAAGGUUGGUCUUAGAAAUUAUGGCAUCUAGUUUUAAAAACGAAUAUAAAAGAUGUUUUUACAUGUAACUGUACUAAAUAAAAAAGUUAAGAGCCAAAAAAAAAGAAAGAAAAAAAGAAAUUAUGGCAUCUAGGGCAAAAC